AAUGUCCUGUGUGUUACAGACUUCACUGCUCCUGCCAGCUUGUAGAUAACAUGUGGCUCUUAAUAAUUCUACUCCUUUGCGUUCCAACUGGUGGGCAAAUGGACCAGGCAAAGGCAGUGAUCACCUUGCAGCCUCCGUGGGUCAGUGUAUUCCAAGAAGAAAACGUAACUUUACAAUGUGAGGGACCCCAUCUGCCUGGGGACAGCUCUACACAGUGGUUUCUCAAUGGCACAGCCAUUGAGACCUUGACCCCCAGAUAUAGAAUUGCUGCUGCUGGUAUCAAUGACAGUGGUGAAUACAGGUGCCAGACAGGUCUCUCAGUGCCAAGUGACCCUGUACAGCUGGAAGUCCACAAAGAUUGGCUACUACUCCAGGUCUCUAGCAGAGUCUUUACUGAAGGGGAACCUCUGGCCUUGAGGUGUCAUGGAUGGAGGAAUAAACUGAUGUACAAUAUCCUUUUCUACCAAAAUGGCAAAACCUUUAAGUUUUCUCCUCGGAAUUCUGAAUUCACCAUUCUGAAAACCAACUUGAGUCACAAUGGCAUCUAUCAUUGCUCAGGCAUGAGAAUGCAUCGCUACACAUCUGCAGGAGUAUCUAUCACUAUAAAAGAGCUAUUUCCAGCUCCAGUGCUGAGAGCAUCCUUGUCAUUCCCCAUCCUAGAGGGGAACCUGGUCAACUUGAGCUGUGAAACAAAGUUGCUCCCACAGAGGCCUGGUUUGCAGCUUUACUUCUCCUUCUUCAUGGGAAGCAAGACCCUGAUGAGCAGGAACACGUCCUCUAGCUACCAGAUGCUAAGUGCUAAAAAAGAAGACUCUGGGUUAUACUGGUGUGAGGCGGCCACAGAAGAUGGAAAGGUCAUCAAGCGCAGCCCUGAGUUGGAGCUUCAGGUGCUUGGCCCCCAGCCACCAACUCCUGUCUGGUUUCAUGUCGUUUUCUAUCUGGCAGUAGGGUCAGUAUUUUUGAUGGAUACUGUUUUCUAUAUGAUAAUACAGAAGCAACUACAAAGAAAGAAAAAGUGGGAUUUGGAAAUCUCUUUGGACUCUGGUCAUGGGAAAAAGGUAACUUCCUACCCCAAAGAUAAAUAUUUAGAAGAAGAGCUGAAAUGUCAGGAACAAGAAGAAGAGCUGCAAGAAAGGACACACUAAGGAGAAGCCCCAAGGGUGGGGGGGGGACAGCGGCAGUGGCUCUGUGGGUGCCUAUAGAUCUCUA